GUGAAAUGUGAUAUGAUGAAGAACUGGAUAUUUGCUUACUUGGAGUUCAGAAGGUGUACAUCCAUUGCGAGAUGCACUAAGUACGAGUUUCUGUCAGACCAACGUGUUAGGAGAAGCUGCCUGCUGCCUGUGACGGGUACCAGACCAGACUAAGACGAAGAACACCAGACGGAAGACCAGACCGUCUUCCCGUCCGCGAAGGGAAAGCUAACACAAAACAGGGCCUGGUAUAAAAGGCACCAUGGCGAUCCUGAACUGCCUACUGGCUCGCCAGCUGUGCUUCGAGGACGCCUCCUGCUCAGCCAUACUGGAGAUCAUCCCGCGCGUUUGUGGAUCUGAACUUGUGGCGUGUUCUACUGUGACGGUGACGAAGUGCCAAGCGGCGCUGCGCACCCUGCAAGCGUUCCCGUUCUUUAAGCCGACAUGUCUCUGUCGCGAACCCAACGUCGAUCCUGAAUGCAACUCCUUCCGCGACUUCUUGUUUGACCAUCCUUGCGUGUUCGUCAUGAAGAAAGAGAAAGAUCCGUACCCAGUGGAGACCCUGCCGACGUGUACAUAUGCCCUGAGUGUCUGCCAUAACGAGAAAGCCUGCUCCGUACUCUUUGACCGCUUCAAAAACGCUUGCAAGGCGAGAGAUGGAGAAUGUCGCAUGGAAGACAGGGAGGCAUGCCGCGAAGCGUGGGCCGGGCUACGUCUGUCCCCCCUGUUUGGAUGUAUCUGCCCUAACACUCACAUGAAGAAACGAUGUGACAGGAUCUUCACCGUCGUCAACCACAACCCGUGUGUCGUAAAGCUGAUGUCGGACGGACGGAACGCGAAUCGGAACACGACAGUGACUUCAUGGAUCGGCGGUAUGUCCAUAACGCAGGACGGAAAUGUGAUCACUCCGGACAAAAUAAAGACGCACAUACAUCGAUAUGCGAGUCCUCACUUCAACCCCCACGGGCACCAUUACCACCGCUGGAACCAUGAGCCAGGGGGGAGCGAAGACCCCCUGUACGCGACCAAGACAGUCUACGGCGCAGGAUACAUAGAUGAAAAUCAGAGGAUUGGCAAAGAGAACGGUAAAGCAGGUGAUGAGAAGGUAGCCCUGCAGUCGACGUGCCAUAUCGCCUUGGAGUCUUGCAUCAAGGACAAGGAGUGUGAUGCCUCGCUCACUCCUGUGCUGCAGAAGUGUCAUGCCAGUGAGUGUGACAGAGAAGGGUGCAUGGAGGCGCUUCGAGGGUUCUAUCGCAAGCCGGGAGUGCAUUGGAACACCGAGAUCGCUUUUUGUCUUUGCAAGAAGACCGACAACCGCGAAGACUCGUGCAUGAAUGCGCAAGAGCGUCUCCACCCGUCGUGUGCGCAGCGGCCGCCGCUCGGCGCCCCUCUCCCCGCCUGCCACACUCUCGCCCACGCCUGCCGCGAUGAACCUGAGUGCAGAGUCCGCCUCGAGAACUACGAGCAGUGGUGCGCGGUAGAUGCAGUGACUCAAGGCUGCGCGGGAUCACCAGCCGCGUGCCGCGCCGCUGUGGUGGCCGUGCUUGGGACCCAGCUGAGAGCCGCGUGCGCAUGUCGCGGCACUGACUUCGCUCAGCUGUACGACUGUCUGGGCUGGCAAAGGCUGCUCUGGCUCAAUCCUUGCGUUGUGGAAUCCCAGAGCGACUACCACGUGAAGACCUACGGAUCCCUGCUGACGACCACGCCGUUCGACAACGGCAUCCGCGUGAUCACGUCGGCCCCAGAACCCCCCAUCCAUCAUCGCACCACCACUCACCACCACCGCCACACCACCACCCACGUCAAGACCCAGCUCGAGCCUAUGGAAGAGAAGAUCCCUGACGAGCUUGCCCCGAUAACAACGAUGGCAGAACAAACCGUACUACCCAACGAGAUCGCUCAGAUGUCGAAACCGAUCGCCGAGACGACCAUCGAAACGACCACGGUGACCACGUCGACCACGCCGAUGACCACGACGACGACGACAACGACCACGACGACGACCACGACGCCACGACCGACGACUACGCCAGAACCGACGAAAUAUUGCAUCGUGAAGAAGCCGGAGAGUGACGACCAGGCACAGUAUAUUAAGAUGGGAGAAACUCGGCGGCUCUAUCGUUCAGCAGAGCUAGCGGAAUGCACAGACCUUUGCAUAUGCGAGGCCUCCCUGCAGGUGUCCUGCAAGGUCGCCUGCGUCCCACGCGCGCCUUGCUCGUCUCGUUUAGCACACUACUCCCACGCCGCGCCAGCUUAUCAAGCCUACAGGGGACGAUGCUACUGCUACUCCGGAUCCUUCAUCUGUAUGAGGCCAAAUCCAGGAGAAUACAAGCUCCCUGAAGGCGUCUACCUUCUGCUGGGGUUCAGCGCGGUGGACGAAGCUUUGCUACGGCCGCACACCGGGCUUGGUGCUGAGGAUGCAGUCAGGCUUCUGCAGCAGUACUUGUACUCUGUGCAUAAUGAGGGGACAAACUGCACUCUGACUCUGUUCAACAUUAGCAACGAGAAUGUGAUAAUAUCAGCGAGUGUGCCCCAAAGUGAACAGGAGGUCAUCAAGGAGGCUGGAGACACCCUGCUUGAUAGAGAGAAGGAGGAAUGCAUAGACGUCCUCAAGGUGGUCAAGUCUCGUAUCAACUCCCAGCACGAGGACAUCUCUUCGCAUCUGCUGCUGUCAAUCUUCAAGAUUGCUGAAGUCGAUGUGGUCUACCCAGCGCCCCCCAGCGCCGCCCCCUCCAAUAAACCCACUCUCUAUAUCCUUAUUGUCCUCGCCACUCUCUUCUCUAACCUCAACCUCACUUCAAUCACCAAGUUUAUAGUCAAUUCUAUAUCGAAUUUAUUCGAUGGCUACCUGUAUAAUGUGGCGUACAAUUCUAACUCUUUCGUUGAUUUUAAAAAGAGAUAUUUUUUAAAUUUUGUAUCUAUUUUGGAGAGCCAUUAUGAUAUUAUUGUUAAGAAACUAAUUGAUGUACGUGACUAUUUGCACACUGCACUUGCUUUAGGUUACGCACAAACGAAACAUAUCACCGACGUAGAUAUAAGCGGCGUAGACAUAGAUAGUGUUAAGGUAACUAAACAUAUCAUAAAAGCUGUGAGUAUUACAAUAUUUACUUAUUUAAAUGAACUUGUUGCUGAUGCAAUUAUACUUAAAUAUUUUUCUAGAGAUGUGUAUUACGAAAUUGGAUGUACUUACAAUUAUGAUUCGAAGCUUUUUGGUGGUUCGUUUUUUGGAAAUAUCGCGUCCUCUUCUUAUGGGAUUGUAAAAUCCGUUAGCGUAGGACUGACUCUAGUAGUAGCAUGAAGACUGAGAUGAUUCUAUACAUAUCAUAGUUAAAUGUAUCUCGUUUGAUUUUCAAUUAGUACUGGUGCUUAUAGGUCGAUCUAAAGGCUGGGACUGUAAAUAAGUGUAUUGCGCCUUGUACACUGUUAGUUUCCCGUUCUCUGUUAGUCUAGACGCUGUCACAGACACAAAUCAUGCUAACAAACAUGCAUUAAUUGAAAAAGAAAAACAAAUACAUAGUGUGUUAAUACAAAAUUGCCAAUUAUUGGUCAGCAAAAAUUUAGUAUCGAUCGCCAUCGACUCGCAAAGAAGAAGACUUACAAGCUAUUGUUAAUACUUAUUAAUACAGGGUGUUAGUGACAUCGUAAUGAAAACUUUGAGGGAUGAUUUAGACCAUGAUUGAUAAAUUGAAUCUUUAAAUCAGUGACGUACGGUUAAAAAGGCCACAUCGCAUCGAAGCAGUUCAUCUAAAAAGCAAAAUUGAUUUUUGACAUUUGCACAUACAAAAAUAAGUGCGCAAUGCCAUCAAAUGUCAAAAAGCAAAUGUCAAAAUUACUUUUUAGGUGAAUUUCUUCGAUGAUUCGAGCGUUUUUCUCGAACAUUCUAUAAAUUUUCUACGCAUCUAUUCAUGUUGUUAUUUAUGAGUUGUGUCUGUUCCAGUAUCUUCUGUUUUUUUCUCUACCUGGUAAGUACUUAGUGACUGUUGUAGUGAUUGAUACCUUUAUGUUAGAUGGCCGUGUAGCAGUUAUAUCAAUGUGAAUGCACUUAGACGUUGCUGAGUGAAAGAUGUUAGCUACUUCUUUCAUUGUUUCCUGUGACUAUUUGUUCGAAAUCGACGAAAGAAAACCUUAAACGUUUUUCAUUAGCUUAUUUAUUAGCAAAAAUGAAAAAGAACUGUCAUUUUAGGUAGGUAAGUUAUUUUAAUUCGUAAUUUUGAAAUUGUUGACUUCAAAAUUAAUUCAAAAAAUAUUUAUUUAACUACUAAAUAUACUUACUUAAAUGAAUUUGAUUGCCUUUUACAUUAAAAUAAAAACGUUUUAUUAUUU